AUGAACGUCGACUCGCUCGACCAGAUUGUGAGCGAUGAUCCUCUAGUCAAGGAGUACAAAGCAGCAACUUUAGAUGACUUUAGUGAUGCCAAGGAGAAUUUUACAACGUUGCAAGCGACUUUGGGGGACAAGAUGACUGUCACUCCUGAAGAGUUUGACGAGAUCUUCUCGCUCAUCUGUCAAGAUUCACUCGAACAUUUUGCACUUUUCGACUCGUGGGAAGUCGGCAAGGUGGUGGAUGUGAUGGAGGUCUUCGCUGUGAUUAUUGUGUACUGUGAUGCGACGAUGGAGGAGAAAAUUCCUCUCCUCUUUGAUCUCUUCGACUUCGACCAUUCCAAGACGAUGUCACAGGAUGAACUGGUUCUACUGAUGCUUUGUACUACAAGAGGGCUAUGUAAAGUGCUCGGGAUGCCUAGACCAGCGACGGAUAGUCUCGAAACCCUCGCUACUGACGCUUUCUCGCGCAUUGAUCGUGAUCGGAAUGGCAAAAUUUCACUUGAGGAAUUCGCUGAGUGGAUAUUACAUGAGCGAACUGUGAUGGCUUAUCUGGCAAAAUUUGCGAACACUCGAGUGAUCUACGAGAAUCAAGUGCAGUACGACUUGGUGUUAAAUGAAAUCUGUACAGCAUUCAUGAAUUUUGCCGAACCAGAGAAAGAUAAACAUGUCAUAGUAUGCUCGGAGGUUUUCUGUGAAGAAAUAAUUCAGCGGUACUGCUCUGCAGCCACGAAACACGAGAUCGAAUUCUUACUGCGGACAAUGAAAGAUCUUAUGAAAAAUACGGAAUCGACGGUAAUAUACGAACAAGCGUCGAUGAUCUCCAUGGACACGUUCUUCCUCGUUAUAUCACCGUUCAUCGCCUUAAUCGCAGCAGAUGACGAUGAAGAACACUCGAUCAAUAUCAAGGAACUAAAGAUUCUGAUCUGGAUCAUGUUUGGGUCGGAACCGAGCUCCACGAUGGUCAAGAGUUUCAUGGAAUCGUUAGAUGCCGAUCACGAUGGCUCGCUAAGCGCAAUGGAGUGGGUCUCGUACGCCUUGGAGAUCAAUAAACAGACCGGGAGGCAGUCUUUCGCCAACCAGAUCCAUCUACUCUUCGCAACGUCAGACACCAAUGGAGAUGCCAUACUGUCUCUACCCGAACUACAACAAGGACUGAUAUCCAUUUUCACAGACCAUUUAGAACGUGUAAAAGCACCGCAACCAGAAUCGGCUUGGCAAGAGCUCACAAGCGUGGAAAAGAGAUCGAUUUCGAGUUUCGCCAGUGACCUCGUCAGGGAAAUUUUGGGGGAACUCGAUGCAAAUGACACGCGACGUAUCGAAUGGUACGAGUUCCGUCAACAUCUCGACUACCUCGAACAACGAGUGAUGGAGUUCAACACAUACCUCCAAAAACACGUCCUCAACUAGACAAGAGGUAGAACAAGACAACUUAAAAGUAGAAUGAAUGAAGAAUCGUAUAAAAUGUUGCAGGUU